ACCCAACCCAACAGGCCGAAACCCCCCCCCACCGCACACCGGCGCGCGGCGCAGGAGCUCUCCACGGCACGGCAGCCGCGCCGCUUUUCCCCUCGUCGCUGCAGACGCCGACGCGCGCCUCCGCCGUCUCCACCAUGCUAUCCAGGCGAAGAUGCUUCACGGCGGCGGCGAAUCGGAUCCGGCCCCUCGCGAGGGCCUUCUGCGACGCACCGGCUCCGCGCGCGGAUGCGGCGCCCGGCGGGGCGCCCGGGUCGCAGGAUCGCACCCAGGAGGUUGGUGGCGUGAAGGCUGCACCUGAUGUGCUCGACGUUGCUAUCGUCGGUGGAGGCAUGGUGGGCUUGGCCGUUGCUUGUGCAUUGUCCAAUAUGCCAUUGACAAAACAUCUCAGAGUCGCCAUUAUUGAUAGCAACCCUGCAUUGAAGUCAAGAAAUCACCUGACUAAAAACAGUAUACCUGAUUCUAGGGUCAGUACUGUUACUCCUGCAACCAUUUCCUUCUUCAAAGAUAUUGGUGCAUGGGAGCAUGUUCAACAGCAACGGCAUGCUUUCUUUGGUAAAAUGCAGGUGUGGGAUUACACUGGACUUGGAUACACAAGGUAUAAUGCAAGAGAUGUGGGCAAAGAAUACCUUGGAUGUGUGGUGGAGAACAAGGUGCUUUGCAACUCACUGCUCUUACGUUUUCAGGAAGAAUUGGAUGACAUCGAAAGUGUGAUAUACCCUACCAGAUUGGUGUCCCUUACUUUCCCAUCGAUUAGCAAACAAGCGGGAAUGAAGCCAACAUCAAGUGAACCAUUAUCCGCAGGUCAUGCUACAGAAGAGUUACAUCGCAGUAAUUUAGUUAAACUCGACCUCAGUGAUGGAAGGACUUUAUAUUCCAAAUUGGUGAUAGGAGCUGAUGGUUCCAAGUCCAAUGUUAGACAGAUUGCAGGCAUAAAAACAACUGGGUGGAAUUAUCCGCAAAGUGCAAUUAUCUGUACAGUGGAGCAUGUUGUGGAAAAUGAUUGUGCAUGGCAGAGAUUUCUCCCUUCUGGUCCAAUCGCACUGCUUCCGAUAGGCAACAACUUCAGCAACAUUGUAUGGACAAUGAGCCCAGAGGAAUCACUUCGACAUAAGUCAAUGAGCCCUGAAGAGUUUGUGAAGUCAGUGAACCACGCAUUGGAUUUUGGCUAUGGUCCGCAUCCUCGCUCUAGUGCUCUUGACCAUUACAUGGAAAAGUUCUUUUCUGGCAUUGGGAAUACUGCAGCAUCUACAAAAGAAUGUUUUGAAGUACCACCAAAAGCAACUGGUGUAGUGUCUGAGAGAAUGGCAUUUCCAUUGUCAUUGAUGCAUUCCCAUGAUUAUGUUUCAAAAAGACUGGCAUUAGUUGGAGAUGCUGCUCAUACAGUCCACCCCUUAGCCGGCCAAGGCGUCAACUUGGGCUUUGGUGAUGCUGCUGCUUUAGCAAAAGUUAUUGCUGAAGGAGUUUCUGUGGGAUCAGAUGUCGGGGAUCUGACUUUGCUACAGCGGUACGAGAAGGACCGGAAGGCUGCCAAUGUGGCGAUGACAGCAGUGCUUGAUGGUUUCCAGAAGAUGUACUCCGUCGAUUUUGGACCCCUGAAUGUAGUGAGAGCUGCCGCGUUCCACGGUGCCCAGUACAUAUCACCGCUGAAGAGGAACAUCAUCUCUUAUGCAAUGGGCGACACGAAAUGGCCGAUAUUCUCAUGAACAAUAGUACUUAGAAACUCUACUUCUAAACUUGUAUGAUGCACCUGGUUUAUAGUUUUGGCUUGUACUGGAUCACUAAGAAACAUUGUACUAGCGGAUGCAAAGCAACAGGCAGUCAAUAAUUGUUUUGUGAAAAGAAAAUUACUCGUGCUGUUCCUUUU